CUUUCGAACGAGGAAUUGAGAUGAGGCUUUACUGUGUUUUCAUAAAACCUAGGGCCAGCAAAAAGUGCACCAUUUAAUACCGAAGGUAAACGUAGAGAGAGGGAGAGAGACUAUCUUCUGGACCAGAAUAAUACCCGGUCACUUAACGAUCCCCAGCCCGGCUGCGUACCCCUUAUUAUUUGCAAUUUAUCUCUGCUUCACCUCAAAUUAGAUCUCCGUCUGUUUUUUUCGCGAUCACCGGCGAUUCCUUGCUCCUAACUCUCGAGGAAAUGAUGCUUAGAAGGAUGAUCAGAAAAGGCCAUAUUUUUUCUUUUUCACGAUCAUGGCAUUCACUCUCAAAGAAUAUUCAAGGAUCUCUCAAUCUCUAUUUGGAGCCUCUGGAAACUUCCGGCAGAAGAGGAUAUGUUUCCAAAGCCUACUUUGGUAAUAAUAAAGGAUGGACCCCUUAUCUCUUGACACAGGGUCCAGCCCUCAAGAGUGGCAAGGCAGAGCUCCAAAGUUCAGGUCAAAGAUUUUCUAUGCUAUUGGAGGUUUUAAAGGUCAUGAAAAAUAUGAGACGUAAUUUUUCAACAACUGGAGGUGGUGUUAGUGAUGAAACCUAUGAAAAGGAAAAAAUCACUGUGACUUUCGUGGAUAAGGAUGGUGAGGAGAAGCAAAUAAAGGUCCCUGUUGGAAUGUCCAUGUUGGAAGCUGCCCAUGAAAAUGAUAUAGAACUUGAAGGAGCAUGUGAAGGAUCCCUUGCAUGUUCAACUUGCCAUGUUAUUGUAAUGGAUGUGGAUUAUUAUAACAAACUGGAAGAUCCAGCAGACGAGGAGAAUGACAUGUUAGAUCUUGCCUUUGGACUCACAGAAACGUCUCGUCUGGGUUGUCAAGUGAUUGCAAAACCUGAACUUGAUGGGAUCCGCCUAGCUCUCCCAGUAGCUACCAGAAACUUUGCAGUUGAUGGAUUCGUGCCCAAGCCUCACUGAAAUUCAAACAAAACAAUCCCGCACCCAACAACCCCAGUUGAUAUGCUCUUUGAGUGCAUAGAAUCUGACCAUCUCAAUUUUGUACUAUCGUCAGCAUUCAGGUUUAUAAGUGGAAGGCUUUCGGUUCUUACUAUCUCUGCUUGUUUGAGAUCAAUCCCUAUUAAUCACAGUGGCUGAUAUUUCCUGAGGUUAACUGCAUUUGUCUUGUCAAAUUAUGUAUUGUCUUUUUUGAAUGGGUUGCCAUCUAUAAUUAUUCAAAAUAAAAAUUGGCAAAUGGAA